AAAGCAAAGAAAAGGAAAACCAAAAACUGAACAAAUGGGAAUUCAAAAAUCGACAAUCGACCCAAACGUUAUCGAAUGUCAUUUCACAUCGAAACGAUUGCACUUGCAGUGAAAAAAAAAUAAACAGAACAGUGUGGAAGGGCAGUGAAUUUAGUGAUUUUUUCAAUUAUUGAGAGUGAGAGGAGGACAAUCAGAGGUUUGUCCACUUUUGUGGAUUUAUGCCAAUUUCUGGCCUCUCUUCUCCAUUUAAAAAUUGUCAGACAUUGAUGUUUUCGCCACCCCUAUCGCCUUUUAUUUUUUUUAAUUUCGUAUCAAACAAAUUCUAUGAACCCAUCGGAUACUUCUACCACGGACGACGCUUCAAGUAAUCCAGAGGCUUCGUCUAGUGCUGAAGAAAAAAUUGCUGCUGAAGACGAGAUGAAGAGGGCUGCAGCUAAAAAGCUCAUCGAGCGGUAUUUCUAUCAACUAACCGAAGGAUGUGGAAAUCCAAAUUGUGGCAAUAAGGAUUGUGCAUCCAGUGGAAAGUUGAAUCCUAUGAGCCCAAACGAUGCUGCAGGUCACGCCCUCAAACUGUUUUCUGAAGAUGCUAAACUAUGCGAGAGUCAUCCCAGCAAAAUUGCCAGAAUCAAUUUAUCAAGUAGUUGCCACGAAAAAUCUGAGCAAAAAAGUUGUGCAGAUUGCAAUAAUGUUACCCCAUCCAAUGAUAAUGUCGUUUCUCAGAGCAGUAAAGAUUCAGGCAAAAGUAAUCCAAGAUAUAAUAGUGCACCUGUUCCCACAUUUCUAACAGAACAAUCCCUUUACGAUAUUAUUGAUGAAUGCGAAACAAACGAUUGUUACUCUCCGCUCAUAAGGACACUAGGAGAAAUAUUUAGCAGCAUCGAAAAUUUGGCAAAGAGUUUUGCUCAAGAACCAUUUACUCCUCCUUCCACGUCGCCAAAUGUAGAGAAUCCAGAUAAAAUUUUGAACAAAGAAGAACUGAGACAUUUAGAAGGGGAAAAAGAUAAAGAUGAAGAUUCAAGUGCAGCAGAGUCUAGUAGUUCAGCAAUACAACCAGUUGAUCUGUCAUCAGUUAGAAGAGCAUACACAGCACUUUUUAAACUAAAAACCUCGAUUUUUGAAAACUCCUUGGUCAACGCCUUGGUCACUCUGGCUGGAAAUUUGCAAAUGGAAUUGCCAAUAAGAGGAGAGAAAGGCAAUUAUGACGAUAUUAUUAAUGUACUGCUAAUAGUCUUCGAAAUACCAGCCCUAGGCUCAGGAGAUUUUCUUGAAACUGCCCUCCCAGCAAUAUGUAGAGCAUCUCAAUGGUUGCCAAUCGAGGGCCAAGCCUCCCUAGCUAGAAUGUGGGCAGGCCCUGGAAGGACAGCCAUCCGUAAUAUAUUGGAAAAUUUGCAGCAGUUAGUUACGUUGAGGGUAAUUGUAACGCCGUUUCAUCACGAUUUCUUUAUUCAGGAUGAAAACGUCAUUACUUCCGCAACCAAAUUAAUGAAAAUUCUCUAUUAUGCAAAUAUGUUAGCCGGCGUCCUAGAAUCGCCAUCAUUAAGAAAUAUGGAUGACAUGUCUGAUUCUAUGGACGAAUCAUGUUGGUCAGUGAAACUAAGUAAAAGCGUCUCGCCACAGGAUCCUUUGGGACUGAUGCUGGGCGUUCACGUUCUAGACUGUCGGAAGCCUUUUUUACCUUACGUGGAAUUUUACAACGAGCCUUUAAGCGAUAUGGUAGAAAUGGAUAGGGAUUUUGCUAAUUUCAAAAGUGAAUUAGGUAUCUUUUCAGGAAGAUUCAGUUUUAUGAAUUACCCUUUUAUCCUGACUCCGGCCACUAAGACAAUGGGGUUAUAUUUUGACAAUCGGAUUAGAAUGUACUCGGAGAGAAGAAUUAGUAUACUUCAGGCAGUCACUGGUCAGCCAUCAAAUCCCUAUCUGAGAGUAAAAGUUAGAAGGGAGAAUAUCAUUGAUGAUGCACUUGUUGAGUUAGAAAUGAUAUCGAUGGAAAACCCAAACGACCUCAAAAAGCAGCUUGUAGUCGAGUUCGAAGGUGAACAAGGUAUAGAUGAGGGAGGAGUAUCAAAAGAAUUCUUUCAACUAGUCAUUGAAGAGAUUUUCAAUCCUGAUUAUGCGAUGUUCACUUUGGAAAGUGAGACACAGACUGUGUGGUUCAAUCCAACCAGUUUUGAAAGUACAGCGCAAUUUACCCUCAUAGGAAUUGUAUUGGGCCUAGCAAUAUACAAUAAUAUAAUUUUGGCUGUCAAUUUUCCAAUGGUAUUAUAUAGGAAACUUAUGGGAAAAAAAGGUUCUUUCGAAGAUUUGGUUGACUGGAAUCCAGUUCUCUAUAAUAGUUUGAAGCAGAUGCUAGAGUAUUCGCAACCAGAUUUGGAAGAAACGUUUAUGCAAACUUUUAGGAUAAGUUACCAAGAUGUGUUUGGCUCCAUUAUAAAUUACGAUCUUAAAGAUAAAGGAGAUAAAAUAGCUGUUACACAAGAAAAUAAAUAUGAGUUUGUGGACUUAUAUGCCGACUUUUUACUAAACAAGGCAGUUGAAAAGCAAUUUAAAGCGUUUUACAAGGGCUUUCAAAUGGUAGUAGACGAGUCUCCGCUAGAACAAUUAUUCCGUCCUGAAGAAAUUGAAUUACUAAUCUGUGGCAGCAAGAACUUUGACUUUGAUGAGCUUGAAAAUUCAACAGAAUACGACGGUGGCUAUACACACAAUUCUCAAGUUGUCAAAGAUUUUUGGUUAGUGGUUCACGCGUUUUCAAUAGAAGAUAAAAGGAAACUGUUGCAAUUCACAACCGGUUCGGAUCGAGUUCCUAUUGGCGGUUUAAGUAGAUUAAAAUUAGUGAUUGCAAAAAAUGGCCCGGAUUCGGACAGAUUACCCACAGCUCAUACUUGCUUCAAUGUGCUCUUGCUACCAGAAUACUCCUCGAAAGAGAAGUUAAAAGACAGAUUGGUGAAGGCCAUAAACUAUUCGAAAGGUUUUGGAAUGUUGUAAAAUAAUCAUUUGCUUGUGAUUUUUCUAGUUUAGCUUAAAUGAAUGUUACUUAUAACUGUUGUAAUAUUUUAUGUAUAAGGUGAACUCAUUUGAGUUGUAAACAUUUUAUGCGAAAUAAUGUAAUUUUUAUUAACGAA